UUUACUUGAAUUCAUUUGGGUUUGCCUGAAAUUUGAAUACCCUUUUGUUGGGGAAUUUUGAUUUGAGUAUUGUUCUUGGGAAAGGGGUAUUGGUUAUCAGGAUUGUCUCUGUCUUGGUCCUUUUCGAAGGCCCUUUCAAUGGAAACUCGCACUCUUCUUUAAAUGGGGGCUUUGGCGAAUAUUCAGAAAAAGUUUCUGUAUAGCCCACAAUAAAUUUUUGUAGAUCCAAGCGCCAUUAAUCGACGAAGCAAUUUCGGGUAUUCCUUCAGAUUUUCAACUGUAUCGGCUCGAGAAAUCAUUUGGGUUUGCCUUGAAAUUUCUCCUCGUUUUCUGCUUUGACGAGAAUUUUGGGGUUAAGGAAGUCAUGGGGCAUUCCGCGCCGGUUUGGGAUUACAGAGCGGCGACUGAGAUUACGAAGGAUUGGAAUGGCAUUGAUCAGGUUGUGCUUAGAAAUCCCAAAGGGGCUUCCGCUAGGAUUAGCUUACAUGGAGGACAGGUUUGUUCUUGGCGAAAUGAACAAGGGGAGGAGCUUCUCUUCACAAGUAGUAAGGCAAUCUUUAAGGCACCAAAAGCUAUGAGGGGAGGAAUUCCCAUAUGUUUCCCACAGUUUGGAAGCUGUGGAUCACCAGAGCAGCACGGGUUCGUGAAGAACAAGAUCUGGACCAUCGACGAAAACCCGCCGCCAUUGUGCUCGAAUGAUAUCGAUGCGUGCUCCUUUGUUGAUUUACUAUACAGAUCUUCAGAGGAGGAUUUGAAAUUUUGGCCCUAUAGUUUCGAGCUCCGCCUUCGGGUAUCUCUACUACCCUGUGGUGACCUGGUUUUGAGAUCUAGAGUCAGGAAUGUAAAUGGAAAACCAUUUGGCUUCUCAUUUGCCUAUCACACUCACUUGGUGGUUUCAGACAUAAGCGAGGUGAGAAUCGAAGGCCUGGAAACGCUCGACUUCUUGGACAAUCUAUGUCAAAAGGAGCGGUUUACCGAACAAGGAGAUGCCAUAACCUUUGAAUCUGAGGUGGAUCGAGUAUAUGUGAGCACUCCGAACGUAAUCGCUGUACUUGAUCACGAGAGGAAGCGGACUUACGUGAUAAGAAAGGAAGGAUUACCUGAUGUUGUUGUUUGGAAUCCAUGGGAGAAGAAGUCGAAAGCAAUGGUGGAUUUCGGCGAUGAAGAAUACAAACAGAUGCUUUGCGUGAACGGAGCAGCGUUAGAGAGUCCAAUCAUGUUGAGGCCGGGUGAGGAAUGGACGGGGAAACUGCAACUCACCGUCGUUCCCUCGAGUUUCUGUCUCGACUUGUAGAGGAAAUCAAUCGAACCGGGACAGGCAGAGAAGGGAAGAAUGUUAUGGUAGAGUGUUAGAAGAAGAUGUUGAUUUUUUGUUUGAUUUGUAGUGGAAUUGAAGAAAUUAGGAAGUUGUGGGGUAUCCUGCAAGCAACAUGGGAAGCCUAUGUUUUUAAUGAAUGGCUCUGCAUAUCCCCUAACUAUCUUCUUGCUUUUUAGAGGAAGAGAAGGGUGAAUUUGUUCUUUUGUUCUUUUGUUCUUUUGUUCUUAGUACCACAAACCCUCUUUUGUAAUAUUUUUUAUCAACACUUUGGUUUCUUUUCAAUCAAGAUCUUCAACUAAA